AUGAGAAACACCAAGACUCAAGCUCACUUUGUUACCAAUUACACCGUCCUGCUUGUCAUCAUCUUACUUCUCUUCACGUCUACCACCGUCGUUGCGAGAGGUGGUGGUGGAGGCCACAGUGUUGGAGGAGGCGGCCAUGGUAGUAAAGGAGGAGGUUACAGUAGUAGAGGAGGUGGUCAUGGAGAAGAAGAAGAAGGAAGAGGACAUGGGAUCGGAACAGGCAGUAUGGUUCAUCGACCAGGGACAAGAAACGGAGGCUCUGCAUUAAAUCCUAUUGCUAGCGGAUAUGCAUCUGUUUUAAUGAUCAUCUUUGUCUUUGAUAGUUUUAAAGAAAUUUCCAAGAUUUGA